GUUAAAUUAAAGCUGAUCAAAGUGCAGAUGAUCACUCAGCUCUCAGCAGAAGUCCGUGCGCCGGAGUGCCUGUUGGGAGCGCGCACCAGCGGGGCAGAACCCGAGCCGUGCGCGUUCGCGGCGAAAGCGUGCGCGCUCAAACCUCAAGCCUCUCUGAAGCUUUGCUUGACUGACUUCGGCGUGAACCCUUUUCCGGUGAAAACCAGAGUGCCAUUUCCAACCUUUGAAGUCUUCAGAGGACGUGAGGUGAUAAAUUUACUUAGAGGUUUACAGAUCCAGAGUGCAGAGCCGUUCCACAUGGCUGGUCUUUCAAUAAGGAGUCCAGGAUUAAACUCUAUUGGGAUUUCUGUGCUGCUCCUGGUCAUCCUCUUUCAAGUCUUGCUGCUGCACUUUCCUGGUGUCUUCAAUCAAAUCUUUUGUGAAAGCAAUCAACAUGGUGAACUAAUUUGUAGUCAAAGGCAAUGGUCAGAUUACUCUGGUCAGAAAAUGUACGGUAUUGAAACGAUACUCGUUCUUUUUUUUAAUGUUCCAAUCGUGCUUGUGGCCUUUGCCGUGCUCUGCAUGCUGUUAGCUGCUUACGCCAAAGACAGAACAACACUCCAGUGCGGCAUGGUCUGCCAGGCAGCAUCAGCCCUGCUCACUCUGGGAGGCAUCAUUAUGUUUGUGGCAUAUUUUCACUCCUACUUGACACUUUGGUUUUAUUUGUGUGUUGGUGUGGAGGUACAGUUGAUUGUCACAACUGUACUUACAAGGAUUUUAGGACAGAAGCUGACUUCUGACUGGAAAUAAAUGGAUUCAAGCUGCACCAGAUUCCACAGGUUCACAAGGUUGAGUUUAUUUUAUUGAUGUUGUCUGUGUUAAAAUCAUAUUGCUAAUGUAUAUGCUUGAAAUUACUUUAGUAGAUUACUAAGUUUAUUUUUACUGCUGUACCAAUGAAAUGUCUGGACAAACUCAUUUGUAAGAGGAUAAGAAUGUAAGAAUGAAAAUGUGACAAAAAAAAAAAAAAAUCAAAGCCAUUAUCAGUGUUAUACCUGCAAAUAUUAAAUGUCAUAAAC